GAAGAGGAAGCAGAAGCAGACGAGAGAAGAAUUCUCUCGAUUGUCGACGAUUUUGCCCUGAAUAAUUGUUAAAAAAUUGUUUUGUUGGGGGAGAGGAGAGACCAACAGAUCACACCAUGGACGACCCCAUGGCCUUUUUCUACGGCAAGGCCCCGAUGAAGACGGUGGUCCUGCACAAGCCAGCGAGGAAGUCUUACAAAUUGUCCACUGACGUCGCCUCGCUUUGCUGCGCCUCCGAGACGAGCACCCUGUCGACCUGUGUGGGCACUGAUUACGCUGAUGAGUACCUGGAGAGGGAGGAUCAACUCCUGCGUGAGUCCUCAGCCCUCUACAGGAGCAUCCCUGGCCCCGAGGGCGGGAGUUACGAUCAAAUCUCCCUGACAACAGCAGCCAGCAACGUGCACCUCGACGAGGAGCAGGCAAAGAUCUACAACACCUACGACUUGAGCUACACCCCCAGGAAUCACCUGUCAAUUGCUUCCUUCCAAGAUCAAAUCACCAUCAUGAUCGAGACGAAUCCAGUGACGAUAAUCCAGGGCCCCACAGGCUGUGGAAAGACCACACAGGUCCCCCAGUUCAUUCUGGACAGCUGCUACAGGAAAAAACUUCCCUGCAACAUCGUCGUCACCCAGCCCAGGAGAAUAGCAGCAAUGAGCAUUGCAAAACGAGUCAGUGAGGAGCAUGAGUGGCCUUGUGGCACUCUCGUUGGCUUCAAAGUUGGUCUUGUCAGCAACACAAACGAGGAGACUCGACUCACCUACUGCACCACAGGAGUCCUCCUCCAGAGACUCGUCCAUCAAAAACACAUGAACGAUUUCACUCAUGUCAUUAUUGAUGAGAUCCACGAACGAGAUCAGGACAUGGAUUUUCUCUUGCUGGUCGUCAGGAAAUUCCUCAGAUCUAACUCUCGGGGGGUCAGGGUAGUCCUCAUGUCGGCUACUUUCAAUGUGGAGAAGUUCUCGAAGUAUUUCUCGUUUUAUGCAGGUCAAAAGCUCAUCUCAGCCCCAAUAAUCGACGUAACAAAACGCAAUCUCUUCCUAAUCCGCGAGUUUUACCUUGACGACCUCCAUGUUGUGAAGACUAAGCUCCCCGAGGUGAAGGCCCACGAGCCCGAGGUAUCCAAGGAGAUGCUGCAGUUCGCAGCUUCACUCAUGAAACUCAUGAACAGAAUCGACGAGGAAGUCGAUCGUUUCGGGAGCUCCAGCUCGACCGAUCGUCCCACCAUUCUGGUGUUUCUCCCUGGAAUACACGAGAUCGAGGAGCUCCACAAUCUCCUCGACGCGCCAAUGAAUGAGUCCGACAAGUGGGACAUUGUCGUUCUCCACUCGUCGAUCACCAGUGAGGAGCAAGGAAGAAUAUUCGAGGCACCCCCUCCCGGCUAUCGCAGGAUUAUCCUGUCCACAAAUAUCGCUGAGAGCAGUCUGACUGUUCCGAAUGUAAAAUACAUCAUUGACUUCUGUCUGACGAAACAAUUAGUUACUGAUCCAACAACGAAUUUUCACAGUUUGGAGUUGACCUGGGCGUCACAUGCCAAUUGCCAACAGAGAGCUGGACGAACGGGGAGAGUGAUGGACGGCAGAGUCUAUCGGCUCGUCCCCAAAUUGUUUUAUCAACAGGUACUUCCCGCUGAGAACCCCCCAGAGAUCGCCAGAGCCCCCCUCGAGAACAUUUACCUCAGAGCAAAGAUGCUGAACAUGGACAAGCCAAAGGCCCUUCUAGCCCUGUCACUGGACCCACCAGACCUCAGUAACAUCACUCGAACUGUUCUCAACCUGAAGGAGGCUGGAGCCCUCCUGGAUGUUGGAGACGAUCCCCACGAUGGGGAGCUGACUGACAUGGGCAGAGUGAUGGGACAGUUGCCCCUGGAGAUUCACGUGUCCAAGCUGAUCAUCCUUGGGCAUGUCUUCAGUGUCCUGAGGGAGGCCAUAAUCAUCGGUGCGAGCAUGUCUGUCAAGAACAUGUUCAGUGCACCCUUCAAAGAGAAAAUGCAGGCGUACAGGGCCAAGCUGCUGUGGGCCAGGAACACCAACAGCGAUGGAAUCGCUUUCUUGAAUGCCUUCAAGGCCUUUAUGAAUUUCAAGUUUCAGAAUUCCAGGGCCAAGGACCCGAGCUCCGAGCACGCAUGGGCGAGGAGGAGCUUUCUGCAGAUCAGGGUUAUGAGGGAGGUUGAGGCCACUGUUAAUGAGAUCACGCAGAGGCUGGAGAGUUUGGGCAUCAAGGAGACCAGGGGACCACUGAAGAUUCAGUGGAAUCCCACUGAGUUUCAGUUUGUACUGAAGGUUAUCAUUGCUGGGGCUUUCUAUCCUCAGUAUUAUUUGGCUCAUCCCAGGGCUGAUGAGAGGAGCAGUGUCAAGGAGCUGGGAGGACUGGAUCCUACUAAGACGGUUUACCUGACAGGAUGGCCCUUCAGUCAGCCAGGGCAGCUCUACGCCAAGCGUUUCCAGGAGGCCUUCCAGGAGGUCCUGAGUGCAGAUUCCUCUCGAAUCGGUGUUAAAUUCGAUCACUCAAACCGAGUGUACAUUCAAUUCAACAAGACUGAAGUGAAGGACCAGAGGGACAUGCCAGAUCUUCCAGGGGACAUUCCAGUAUCAGUCUACCAGGCCCUGAAGCUCAAGUCCAUUGGAAACGCCAUCACCAUUCCCCUCAUGCCAGCAGAUGCAGCCAACAAAAUGGCUGAAGAACUGGGAGUGGAGAAGGACCCCAUAAACCUGUAUCUCCCACGUCCCAGGAGGACUCCGAAUGGACCAGCUUUCAGGCUCAGACCCGAGCUGCCUCCCCUCGACCUGACGUACUUUCCCAUCGAGAUCCAGAGGAUCGUCGAUCCUGGCCGCUUCUGGGUGACGAACAAGGACGAGCAGACCAGACGAAACCUCUCCAAGAUUAAGAAAAUCAUCAGUGCCAUGGACGCCAAGGGGCUGGAGUCGUUUGAGACCAAUCCGAAGGUUGGGACGGUUGUUCUCGCCCCCAAGGACUGCACCAUGGACGACAAGAGCCCUCAACUGACGGUUGUUUACGAUCGUGCAGUCAUCCAGAACCUCUUCUUGGUGACGAGACACGAGUACAAUGCUCAGGUCUUCUUCAUCGACUCUGGGUUCGUUUCAAAGCUCAGGAUUUCUGAUCUUCGCUGUGUCCCGGUGGACUCACCACUCGAGCAGAUACCAGCAGCUGCUCUUCAGUGCGUCCUGAGCCAUGUCAAGCCAGCGAUACUGAAUACACUCACGGGACAGUGGUCUGAAGGGGCGAAGAGGGUUUUUGAGGAGCUUAUUACGGGGGAGGAGAAGAAACUUUAUGCAGAGGUUUAUUCAGUCGUCAACUCAGUGGCCUCCAUCUACCUCCACGUCUACAACAACAAGUCCGAGACAAUCCAAGUGAACGACUUCCUAGUUCGAGAGGGCUACGCAGAGUGCAGAGAGGAGGACUACCUCUCCAAGGCGAAUCACAACAUCAGAGAGGACGUGAACAAAUUAUCAAUCGACGAGAAGAACACCCACACAGAGCUCCAGCACAGUCAGCUGUACCUCUCCGACUCCUACGUGGAGCCUCCAGACGUGGUGGACUGUCCCAUCACCGUCACCCUGACAGGUCCCAACUCACCCCUGGAAGUCAAGCUCUCGAACCUGAUUGGAGCUGGUGUGGGACUGUCCAUUGGCAUCGAUCCAGUCUCAGUCAACUGCGUUCUGCUGGAUCCAACUCUCAACGAUCCUCAAGCGAGACUCGUCGUAGCUGGAUCUGUCAGUCAGGGCUUCUGCUCCGGGAAUUUGACCCUCAGAAACACGACACUGAUGCCCAACAUUCCAGGACUGACGCAUCUCCUGGCCCUCAUCUUCGCUCCCAGGGUCGAGCUGAGGGCUAAUUCCAUGAAGACGAGGAAUGUUGGAGCCCUGUGUGGCCUUGGGCACGAGAAAGACAGCAAGAGGAGUCUCUUCCCAGAGCACGACAUGACCCUCAAUUUCGAUGUCGACAUCAAUCUCGAUGACCUCCAGAACAUCAACAGACUGAGGUACUGGAUGAGCAUGGGGAUAUUCGUCAACACUGAUGAGGACAAGGACGAACAGCAGAUCAUAAACGAUACGAUAAAGGCCCAGACGAAAGUCAAGGAGAGCCUGUUCACACUGAUGAGCAGAAAGAGGGAUCCCAUCAUGGCUGAGGUCGACCUGAGACACGGAAAGUGGUGCAGGUACAAGGACUCGGAGUUCAUCGAUCCCCCGAACGUCAACAAGUUCGAGAAUAUCAUGAUUUACAAGCUGCAUCGGGCUCUCGACCUCAAACAGCAGGACGAUGCGAGGGAGGGAAUGCUCAUUCACCUCGAGGAGCUGAAGAGGAAGGCCUCGAUGAAGGUGAAGGACAUGCCUUACGAGGAGAUGGAGUGCUUGCUCUGCACUCAGAAGAUCUCCGGAAUUCUGCAUCUGAGGACCCAUAUCACGUCGAGCUAUCAUUGUAUGCUGGAGAAGCAGCUGAUGGAGGCGAAUGAGUUGUAAAGAAUGAGGUGAUGACAGUUUUUUCGUUGAGAUGGUGCUAAUCCUCAUCAGAAUUACCAUCAGAGUUCGUUACAAAAAAUGAGAUGACUGUCAUGAAGAGUUGGGAAGGAGGGGUAAUUGAAGAAAUUCUGCAGAAGGAAUUUCUCUUGGCAUUCAGCGGAGGAGAAUAGGCUGAUGGAGGUGAAUGAAUUGUAAAGAGUCAGAUGACAGUUUUUUCGUUGGAAGAAACUACUUUUUUUAUUGUUUUAUGAACUAUGAGGUAUAGUUCAGAGCUAUGAGUUAUUUUUCUGAGAUAUAGUUCAGAGCUAUGAGUUAUUUUUUUUCUUUAUGAAGACUUUGGCGAUGCCACUGAUGAGGAUUAGGGGAAGAAAGAGAAGAUGGUGUUAAUGCUCAUCAGUAUUACCAUCAGAGUUCGUUAAAAAAAUGAAAUGACUGUCAUGAAGAGUUGGGAAGGAGGGGUAAUUGAAGAAAUUCUGUAGAGGGGAUUUCUCUGGCCAUUCAAUGGAGGAGAAUGGGCUGAUUGAGGUGAAUGAGUUGUAAAGAGUGAGAUGAUGACAGUUUUUUCGUUGGAAGAAACUACUUUUUUUAUUGUCAAUUUUGCGAACUAUGAGGUAUAGUUCAGAGCUAUGAGUUAUUUUUUUUCUUUAUGAAGACUUUGGCGACGCCACUGAUGAGGUGGGUGUUCAUUAAAAAAGCGAAAUCCUCACGAUUAUCACGAGGGGUUGAAAGAGGGAGGGGCUGUAGAAAAAAUUCUGUACAAGUUGAAUGCUCUUGGCAUUCACCUGAACAGUGAAAUGACCAUGACAAUUUAUGGUGAAGACCUUUGAAAACAGUUUUUCAUUAAGAGUCUAGUUAUUAAUAUGUUCUCAUUAUUAAUUAUUGAUUGAUUCUACGAACUGUGUUUAGGAUCAUUGUUUUUAGUGUUUUUUCUUUCAUGAAGACUUUGACGAUGAUGAGUAUAAGGAUUAGGGGCAGGACGGAGAGACGAUGAUGACCGUUAAAGAUAGGUCUAGCUUUUAGGUUCUUUUUUUUCAUUAGCAGAGUCUAAUCGUUUCAUUCUUAUUUUUUUGUUUAUAACUGUGGAAGACAGUUUGGAUAUUCUUGUUUUUUUAUAGACACUUUGACGAUUGUAUUGUAGUAGUUUAUAAUGAAAAUUUUUCAUUGAUUAAUAAAGAUGAUACCAAAGUGGAGGAUAAAAUACGUGAGAAGUGGUGGAACUGGUUGAGUGGAAACUGGAGAUUAGAUGGGGGAAAUGAACGGUUUUAGAAGAAAUUCUCUAUAACGAAGGUCUUCUGGGGUUUCUCAUACAUGAAGAUCAUUAAUUCAUCAUCAUUAAGGCCCGGGUGCACUAU